AUGGAAUAUCAGAAAAGACUUGACGACGAAGUUUUAGUCUGUGAAAGCGUCGACUUUGACAAUACAACGCGUCGGCCCACCUUAUCAACCCAACCUGACGAAGUCAAAUACAAAUCUUGAUCGAAAAUGUUCAAAAAAAACUCUGACUAUAUGCAAGAAUACGAUACUUACCAAAUCGAAUUUAGGCUGUCUCAAGCUAUAAAGGCCAAUAUAAUACAUUUCACACACUUAUUUCUUGGCCCUUUUUCUCUUCCGAUUCUUUAUCUUCUGUUCGGGAGGUAUUUAAUGAGAAACAUGAUGUUUAAACUACAUAUUAUGUACUUCACAGGAGAACUGCCUCAGUUUAUAUGACUGAUAUUUUCUAUUGCUUUUGUUUCUGAGCAGCCUGAAAGGCUGCAUGACUAUGGAGCUUUUAUAUCAGCGACAUUAGGAGUGGUAGCAUUAAAAACAAUGCUUAUAUCUAGCAAAUAUGGAUAUUUUACACAGAAGCAUUGAAAGGAGCUUGGAGCUAGGGAUAUGCCUUCGUUAGGAAUUAGAUCUCAUCUUUUGCUCUGGGUAUGACUGAUUAUACCAGCAAGAGUAGCUGAAAGAGAAAUCAUUAACUCAUAUAGAAGAUUUAAUAUGAACCCAGCAUUAUUAUUUAUAGUUUUGAAGAGGCCAUUACCUGACGAAUGCUACAGCAUAAUAAACUCUUUUAUGCCUCCAGACCCUAAUUACAUCCCACUUGCUACUGGAGAAUGUCGGAUGUCAAAUUUAUCAAUAUCUCGGCUUCUUUUUGCAAGAAUCAGAAAAAAUGCUAGUCUCACUCCUAUGAUUUUGGUUGUUUUAUGUGCAGGAUUAUAUGGGCUUAUUCCGCAUCUUAUUAUGUUUGGACAAAAACAUUUAACUUAUUUUGAAGGGGGAUGGCUUACAUAUUUUUUUCUUGUUACGUCGACCUUACUUUGUUGGUUUGUUUCAUUUGCUUUUAUAUCAUAUAUAUAUGUAGGUAUAUAUGAUUUUAAUAGAAAAAGACUAUUGAUGAAAGAAUGCACUUCACUGAUUUCUGAAGGCUAUGAAGAGUCUUUAAAUUUAUUAAGCCAAGAUAAGAGUAAUCCUGCAAAGCUGGAUUUUACAGAUCAUUUUUCAAUUAUCUCGUGGUAUUAUUUAAGAAGAAGUUUUAUGGAUUUUGGGAAAGGAUUUACAUUGAGAAUUCAUUUAUAUACGUCGCUUGUGACUCCUUUGUGUGGCAUUUUAAUAGUGCUUUUAGCAUUACAGUCACUUAAUCUCAUAGACCUCGUUCAAUAUUUAUUAAUUUUUACUCCAGAAAUUGCCUUAACUUUCAUGGUUCUCUUUGUCAUUACUUAUAUGGCGCUAACUGGAGUUUUAUUGAAUAAUCAUUUUGCAACUCACCGAGAUAUUUUGUGAGAAAAAAUAAGUAAAAUAAGGAAGAAGAUUUAUGAGAAAAAGGGAAAAGAAAAUUUAUUAGAUUCUAUUGGGAGUAUUGAAUUUGUAGUAAAUAUGCUGUAUCAAGAUGAAGCAUUAAGACCAGUUACGGUUAUGGGUGUAACUGUAAAUUCUGGAGUGAUUCUUAAAGUUCUUUCUCUUAUCUUUACAGGCGCGAUUGCAGUUCUUAAGAUAGUUUUUGGAUAA